GAGUCGAUGAGGCACGCCUUCGCCGAGCAUGGGCUUGGAUUCGUGAUGGAAUAGCUAGUCGCGUCACUUGGGCGGGGGCUCGAGGCCCCAUCCACCCGGUCUGGCCUUCUCUCUCGGGGGUCGGAUGGUCCAUGGUGUCGCCCACUGUUUUGAAAACGUGCCAAGGGACCCUGAUCGACCUGUUGCAGUUUUGCCCAUGGGAUGUGUGUGGCCUCCUCGAGGAAAGUCUUCGCCGGUUUCAGUCGAGUCGCAUUCUCAUGCAUUUGCCGGGGGUGAGUCAGGAGUCCUACUGGCGCUGUGCGUUGCGAGUAGCUCUGAUCAGGUUUAAGGAUACCAGCAGACAAGGCGCAUUGCGAGCACUGUGGGCUGCGGGUGUGUGGACGCCAGUGCGCGCACAUUCGAUUGACCUGCGGCCCGCGCCAGAUUGUUGCAUGUGAAAAAAUUCCAGGUACAGAGGCCCGCCAAUUGUUCGGGCGCCCCGAGGCUCUCGAAGUUCAUGAUGAAGAGGCGCCUCUUGACGAAAUCCUGGAGCUUCGGGAAGUGAUGAUUGCCAAUCACGAUUCUGGGCCCCAGGGCUUGGAAACUUUCUAUCUUAGCUAUGGGCUGCCGCCCUGGCCGCCGCCGCCCGAAGCUCUCUGCGCUGAAUGCCCUAUCCUCGGGCGGGGGGGCUGGCGUGGAGCUGUGGGGCUGUGGGGCGGAGGUUGAGCACUGAUGGUUCUGGCAUCGCAUCUUCGACGCCAGGACUCACGCGUUGCGGAUGGUCUGUGCUGGAACUCGACGAGUCAGGCAUAAUUAUUAGAUCUGCUUUUGGAGCACUCCCAGUGCUCGUCCAGAGUGGUGCCGCGAGCGGAGUAUCGCGCGGCGCGCGUGGCUGUGCAGCUUGCCGACAGCGAUGUCGGCAUCACCUCUGGUCACUUAUCGCUAGUCAAGGCUGGCCCGGCGUGGGGGCACCACAACGAAAUCUCGUCAUGCGUCGGUCUGGAGAGCGAUGCGCAGCACAUGCCAGCGCAAGGUCCCGAUGUUUGCUUGGGUCCCAACGCGCAGAUCCGCAGAAGGUGUGCUUGGCGACCCUGAGGCAUCCUUUUUCGAUUUUGUAGGCAAUGAAUGGGCGCACCAUUUUGCGAAGAAGGGAGCACGAACGUAUAUGUUUGCCCAGGCGCUCGAGAAGAUUCAUAAGAUGAGUCUUGCAGAAUUCGUCAAGGACGCGCGAAUUUUGUCGUGGAUGACCAGGACGGUGGCCAGAAGGGUUGAUGACCUCCAGCCGAGGGUGGACCUCCCCGAGCCUCGUAGAGCUCCCCCUCCAAUGACCCCUGUCGUCUUUGAAAAUCAUGAUUUCAGAGUGUGCGACCGACCGUCUGUCGGAGUUCCUCUGUCGAUUGUGCAACCGACGGGCUCGCGCACUCAGACGGCAGCCGUGUCAACCGUCGGAUCUGUGUCGAGUGGCCGCCGCCACGUUUUUCGGCUCACGCCAGAGGACUACCGCCACCCGACAGGAGCGGUGGCAGUAGCGCUCGAAGCUGCCCGUGAACUCGAGCCAGCUGGUGCAGCGGGCCGCGAGGUGAGGGUCCGUUCAAUCACUUCUUCGGCCUGCAGAGCAUUGGCGGAGCAGUGGUCACUUUCUGUGCCACGGUGGCGCAGAUCCACGCCCACGACGCCAGACGAGACAAGGCGGGUGCGAAGGCGGAGUGAGGCCUUUUUGUGUUCUGCCCCGCCACGGCACGUGCCCGGCUCGAUCUAGCCAGGUCUGCGACCGUUGCUUUCGAUCUGCAGUUCUUGCGGCUGUGCCGACUGUUGAAAACACUUUUUGGGGAGGGCGCUCCUUCUUCUCCUCCCAUCUCCUCGUCCUGCUCUUCCGCCUGCUCCUCCUGCUCCUCCUGCUCCUCCGUGGCAGCGGGUGGAUGCCUCGGCGGCGAGGCUGGCGCAGGCAGAGCCGCAGGCGAUGGCCCCGAGACAUGCCCGCGAGGCGUCCCCCCCCGGUCCGCGAGACAGCGUGCGCCGAAGCUCGUGUCCGUCCCCGUGCACCAUCGUCUUCCAGGCUGCGCGGCACGCCUCGCCCGUAUCCCCGUGCGCACGUUUGCGCGACGGUUCGAGGCAGAGCGCUGAAUCUCUGUGCAUCGCGGCGUGUCGCGCAGUUCCCGCUUCCCGACGCGCGGUGUGUGGUCCCAAUUCGACCCUCGCUCAUGUCUGCACGUUAUUCGGUAAUGGCGCUGCGUUCUUUCUUCCACAUGCUGCUCCAUGCCACAGGGCUUGCAGAAGGCGGCCCAAGAGCAGUGGCUUUGGGAGGGCAUAUGUUAUUCUCUGACGGCACGCCCGACACCUCAUGCCGCGGGGCGCCCUGGGCAUUCCCCGCAGUAAGUGCUUCGCGCUGGCCUUGCGCUCUGAGGAACAGGACAUGGUUUUCGUAUCUUGCCUCCUCCUCCUCUUCCUCUCCCUUCCCUCCUCUCCUGUCCCCCUUGUCCACCUUUUGCUGCUUCCCUCCCCCUCUCCUCACCCAUCGCUUCGCCGUACCAGCAUGACUCUUCGCCGUGUGGCCGAACAGUAGGCUCGCUUUUCCGGCGCCCUAUCCCCCGAUGCCCGAAUGUACCUGCACCGGCUGUAGAUCUGUGGGGUUCGCCGCUGCCUCGAAAA